UCUCUCACACCAUAAGCCAGAGAAAAUGGGGUCACCACUUUCUGGCUUUCUCAAACAAUACAACACUGUAUCUCUCAUGAUUUUUAUGAUCUUCUUCUUGAGCUCUAUUCCUAACACAACGAACCUUUCUUUUAAUCUCUCUUUAGCUACCACCACAAUUCAAACUCAUUCUUCUUCCUCCAACAUCCCUUUCUCAUUAAAACAACUGCCUCUGGAUGGCUACCUUAGCUUUCAAGAUAUGCAUCAUGCAGCUCAAGACUUUGGCAAUACUCACCAUUUCCAACCAUCAGCAAUUCUAUAUCCUAAAUCAGUUUCUGAUAUUUCCUCAACAAUAAAGCAUAUUUAUCAUAUGGGUUAUGCUUCUGAGCUCACAGUGGCUGCUAGAGGCCAUGGCCACUCCCUUCAAGGCCAGUCACAAACUCAAGGAGGUGUAGUUAUCAACAUGGAAUCACUCCAAGAACCACUUAUGGAAGUUCACCCUCUUGAACUGCCGUAUGUGGAUGUUUCCGGUGGUGAGUUGUGGAUUAAUAUUCUGCAUGAGACUCUUAAACAUGGGCUCUCACCAAAGUCUUGGACAGAUUACCUCUAUCUCACCGUCGGAGGCACGCUAUCGAAUGCCGGAAUCAGUGGUCAGGCAUUUCUCCAUGGACCCCAGAUCAAUAACGUUUACCAGCUGGAGGUUGUCACAGGAAAAGGAGACGUGGUUACCUGUUCGGAGAAACAGAACACUGAUCUCUUUUAUGGUGUUCUUGGAGGACUUGGACAGUUUGGCAUCAUUACCAGGGCUAGAAUCUCCCUUCAACCAGCACCAAAGAUGGUGAAAUGGAUUAGAGUACUCUACUCAGAAUUCUCAUUAUUUUCCGAGGAUCAAGAGCAUUUAAUAUCAUUGGAGAAGUCGUUCGACUACAUCGAAGGAUUUGUUCUAAUAAACAGAACCGGCUUCGUUAAUAACUGGAGAUCAUCCUUCAAUCCCAAAGACCCAGUUCAAGCCAGCCAGUUCAUUUCAGAUGGAAAAGUUCUUUACUGUCUAGAGUUGGCUAUAUAUUUCAACCCAGAGGAGACUAAUGCUAUGAACCAGAAAGUUGAAAGCUUAUUAUCAGAACUGAGUUUUAUACCAUCCACACUCUUCCUAUCAGAGGUUUCUUAUGUAGACUUCCUGGAUAGAGUGCAUACGUCAGAGAUAAAACUCAGAGCACAAGGAUUAUGGGAGGUUCCUCAUCCUUGGCUGAAUCUUCUCAUCCCAAAAAGCCAAAUCUCAUACUUUUCUCAAGAGGUCUUUGGUAACAUUCUUAAAGACAGCAAUGGACCUAUCCUUAUCUAUCCAGUCAACAAGUCUAAGUGGAACAGGAAAACAUCUUUUAUUACCCCAGAUGAAGAUAUUUUCUACCUAGUGGCAAUUCUGUCCUCUGUAGUUCCGAGCUCAACAGGAACAGAUGGUUUACAACACAGACUAACUCUAAACCAAAAAAUUCUAGAUUUCAGUGCAAGGGCAAAUCUUGGAAUCAAGCAAUACUUGCCCCAUUACAACAACCAAGAAGAGUGGAAAGCUCACUUUGGUCCUCAGUGGGAACUUUUUGUACAGAGGAAAUCUGCCUAUGACCCUCUUGCAAUCCUUGCUCCUGGCCAGAGAAUUUUCCAAAAAGCGAUACCCUUCUUAUGACAAUAUUCUCUCAUAUAAACCACAAAUUAAUCAGAGAGAGCUUAAGUAUAUGGAGCCAUUAUGCCUAAAAUUGUAAAUUACUAGUAGUUAAUCUCCAUACAUUAUUGGGUGUCCACAACAAUCGCAAGCAAAAAAGGGAAGUAGUAAUCUAUUCAACAAUUUUGUUGAUAACCUGAAAAGUUGAAUUAUGCAAACAGAGUAUUGCAUGUUAUAAGGUCUUAUAAAAUUAGCAUCAGAGUCGCUCUUAUUCAGUAGAAAAUACAGAGAGCUCCAUGUUGUUUUCUUUUACUUUCAUAGACUAAACAAUAUUGAGCUCUU